AUGGAUGUUUUCAGGACUGCUGAAUGCUUUGGAGGCGAGGGCGAGGAAUUCUGGUUUGUGUAUACAUCGGUCCACUACAAACAAGAUGGCAAAAGCUAUCGAGGGAAAUCACCAAAACAGUACCCUAACAAAUGCAACAUGAACCACGAGCAUAUCUACGAUCCUAUCCUAAUUCCAAGUGAUGGUCUAUUCCCACUUUUCACCCCGGGCUUCACCGAGGCACCGACAUCGUCCUCCGACGCAAGCAAUUGGUACAUCAAACGCCCCGAUGUUUGGCGGCUCUAG